AUGACGCUCUGCUGCGGCGGCGCCGCCAGCCUCGUCACCAUCGGCGGCGGCGGCGCCACCUCGUACCGUCUACUGUCACUACCCGCCCCCGGACGCCUCGGGCGAGGCACCGGGUGGCUCCUCCCCUCUCCUCUCUCCGCCUCCGGGGCUCUCCGCGCCGCCCAGGCCAGUAGCGCGGAUCCGAGCAGUGGCAGCGGGGCCGAUAGGAAGAAGCCGAGAGAAGGGCGGCACCAGAUUGAGAGAGGGGAGGAGCAGUGCGAGGUGGACGUGGUGUCCUGGCGGGAGAGGAGGAUCAAGGCGCGCGUUCCCGUCGCCGCUGACGUCGAGUCAGUCUGGAGCGUGCUCACCGACUACGAGAGGCUCGCGAACUUCAUCCCCAAUCUCAUCUACAGGUCGGUUGGUUUCUUUCUCAGUUUGAUUCGAGUCCUAUUGCUCGUCGAAAGGUUUAUUUCGAUUUUGUUCUGAAUCCUCGAUGCUUUCUGUAUUGCAGUAGAACAAUCCCUUGCCCGGACCAGGGGAGGGUGUGGUUGGAGCAGAGGGGAUUGCAACGGGCUCUCUACUGGUACAUCGAAGCUCGGGUUAUCCUGGAACUGCGAGAACUCCCUACUUCGGUGCGCUCUUCGAGUUUCCAAGCAUUAUUAUGUAGCUCUAACCGUGAUCAAGGGAACUCUGCACCCACUCUGGAUCCAUUAUGGAGCGGGCGAUUUCCGGGUGUUAUUUUCUCGGAUCAGCCGCUUCACCUUGCUUUGAGAUUCAAAGCACUUUUUUCUUCGGGUGGCAGAGCUAUUUCGAUCUCCUUGUUCUAGAUAAACCCCAACCCCUUCAUGCUAGCUCUUAUGUCUCGCUGUGCGUUCGAAGCAAUGGCCAUUUUCCCUCUCGGAUUCUUGACAUGAUUUAUCCUGGAGCUUUCUUCAUUUGUUGACCUAUUGCAUCGAUUGUCUCCGAUGUAGUCCUGUUCGUCGACAAUUCGUCGGGUACUCUCUCAUUUCAUGUAGUUUUUCUUCUACACUGUCGUGAAAGAUUCCAUUUGAUCCUCUCAUGCACCAGGGCGAUGGCCGUGAACUUCUCUUCGCUAUGGUUGAUGGAGACUUCAAGAAGUUUGAAGGGAAAUGGUCCGUCAAAGCUGGCCCCAGGUAGGGACUUGCUAGAGACCUUCCUGACUCAUUGACAGUCAUACUAUGCUGGUCUCCUUUGGCUGCUGAGAUGAGUGCAUGCCAUGAAUGACCCGUUUACUUCUUACAGUGAACGCCAUCAGCCCUUUCCGUGAUGCAUUGUUUAUAACUGUUUCUAAGGAUCAUCACCGUUAUUUGGAUCUUGAGUUUCGAUUAAAAUUUUAAAUUUCCGUAGCAGCAUUUGCUUAAACUCAAGAAUUUGGGUCUGGAGGAAAUCCAACCCCAGGAAGAAGCAUUGAGUUCAGCUUACCGCCAUUUGCUGUGUACUCUAGUCUCAUCAUCCGUGCAUCAAAUUAUAAACAGCAACGAUGCACCUUCAUUUUCAUAUGUUCCGAUUUUUUAUUCAUUGCCCAAAUGCGGUUGAGACCAUGGAAAUAAUAGUUUACGUUAUGUUCGCCUUCCCCCCCCCCUCCUCAAAGGUUUACAGCUUACUCGUGUUCUUGCUAACUCAUCAGGUCUUCAACCGCAACUUUAUUUUAUGAAGUGAAUGUCAUACCGCGAUUCAAUUUUCCGGCCAUUUUUAUCGAGAGGAUCAUAAGAUCUGAUCUUCCUGUGAAUCUGCAAGCCUUGGCCUGGAGAGCUGAGAGAAAAUUUGAAGGAUCCCAAAAGAAACAUCUCUCUGAGGGCACCAGUCCUUCAUGCGGCGGUCUUCAGGCAGGAAGCCUCCUCUCCCAUGAAUCAGAGGAGAACUACCUUGGACCUACCUUCAGCACCGCAGCCAAGUCACCUCCCAGUGAGCUGACCAGCAACUUGGGGGGGUUUGGAAAAGCCUGCAGUCUCAAUAGGCCUUGCACAGUAGAUGAAGUUCAUCUUCGUAAAUUUAAUGGCCUAUUGGUAACUCAUUGAUUCUGGUAGUCCCUGACAUUCUUUCUUGCGCAGAAAAAACGUCUUAAUCUUAGUCCUCUGAUAACAUGGUUUCUCUGAAGGAAAAUGGUGGAGCUCAUCGAUGCGUCGUGGCUAGUAUCACCGUCAAGGCGCCUGUUCGUGAAGUAUGGAAUGUCUUGACUGCAUACGAGUCGCUACCUGAGUAUGCAUCCUUUAACCCCCAUUUAUUAGCCAAGCUCCUGCCAUUGCUCACAUGACAGCCGUUGACUUCGUUCUAGUGAUCAUGAGACUUUUUCUCAAUAGUUUUGUGCGUAUUAUUCAUGUUAAAUCUCCAAAGAAAGUAGGAUAUGAUGGGCCCAUAGAUAAGUGGUCAAUUUUUUCGCAUGUAUGUUUCUACAUCAUCUCAAUGGAACCUGAAAAGCCCACCAUUUUUACCAACCCCCAAGUUUCUUUUAAUUAUUAAAUGAUUUACUCUGCUUUAUUAUUAUAUCUCGCUGAGUUAAUUGGACAAGCAACCUGGUGGUGCAUCCCAAAAUCUCUAUGCACGGCAUCUUCUUGGUUUGUUGAUAUCAUAUCAUGACCCAGUAGUUGUUCUGCACCCUCUCUCUCUCUCUCUCUCUCUCUCUCUCUAGAGUUUUUUUUUCACAGUUAUUUUUUUCCGCAGGAUUGUUCCAAAUUUGGCGAUCAGCAAAAUUUUGCUGCGAGAAAAUAACAAAGUUCGCAUUCUUCAGGUACUUUGUGUGCUCCUAUGUUGCUGUAUAAAGAGAAUUUAGGAAGCCUAUGAUUUGGUCUGAUGAUCCAUAUACACACACAUACACACUCACAAGCUGACACAAAAUUUCUGUGAAAUUAUUUUUUUCACCCACGAUAAUAAUAUUUUUUAUGAAAAUAGAAAUAUGGAAUGUCCAAAUGCCACUGUCAACGCCAGAAAGAAAUGAUUAAAAAAUAUUAAAAAAAGAUUAAAUCCCCUGAAACUCUAGGGAUGCUUUGACCAAUUCCUACGCCAGCUGCAUGCCAGUGGAAUCCCACAUGCUGUUCCAUCUUUUCAUGCGAAUUGCUUUGUAUCCAAGCCCCAGCGUGCUCAUCCAAACGCGGGCUUGUGAUAUUCUUAUGGUUUUCGAUGUGGAUGGGCCGAGAAGAUGAUGCUGAUUUGGGUCUUUGACUUUCAGGAAGGGUGCAAAGGACUGCUUUACAUGGUGCUCCAUGCCCGUGUUAUACUGGAUCUUUGUGAGACCCUUGAGGAAGAAGUCAGCUUCGAGCAAGUUGAAGGAGACUUUGACUCCUUUCGUGGAAAAUGGCUUCUGGAGCAGCUCGGAAACGACCAUACGCUGCUCAAGUACUCUGUGGAGUCAAAGCUGCGCAGAGACUCAUUCCUCUCAGACGCCAUUCUAGAAGAGGUACAGGGAAACCCACCCCCAUGGCUAAUUUGGCAGCUGACUUGGCUGUCCCUCUCUGCAUGUACUCAGAUGUCGGAGAUUUUUUCUUUUCUUAACUGCCAUUUCAGGUUAUCUACGAGGAUCUACCUGCAAAUCUGUGUGCUAUUCGGGACUACGUCGAGAAGAGGGUCAACGUCGGACAAAAGAACAGCGCACAUCUCAGCUCCACGGAUUACCCGAACAGGCCAACUCUCUCUUCUGCGUCUGCAACGGACGCCGAAGGUAGGAAGCCCGAGGAAGCCGCCGCCGCCACCGCCGGCGGCGGCGAGGAUCCCCCGAGGCAGAGGCCCAAAGUGCCGGGCCUGCAGAGGGACGCCGAGAUCCUCAAAGCGGAGCUCCUCUCCUUCAUCGCGCAGCACGGGCAGGAGGGUUUCAUGCCGAUGCGGAAGCAGCUGCGGCUCCACGGGAGGGUCGACAUCGAGAAGGCGAUCACCCGCAUGGGAGGAUUCAGAAAAAUCGCCACCCUGAUGAACCUCUCCCUCGCCUACAAGCUCCGCAAGCCCAAGGGCUAUUGGGACGACCUCGAAAACCUCCGCGAAGAGGUAAAAGUAUCCCAUCAACAGAUAAUACAAUCCCUCUCUCCCUCUCUCUCUCUCUAUAUAUAUGUACAUAUCCCUCUCUUCCUCUCUCCCUCUCUCCCUCUCUAUCUCUAUCUCUCUCUCUCUCUCUCUCGAUUCCUCGGAUUAAUAAUCGUACGUUCCUCUUGCAGAUCAGCCGUUUCCAGAGGAGCUGGGGAAUGGACCCCGCUUUCAUGCCCAGUAGAAAAUCUUUUGAACGCGCAGGUACUGAUUGCUGUCUUCAUCAAAACUCCUCUCUCUCUCUCUCUCGCGCUCUCUCUCUCUCUCUCUCUCUCUCUCUCUCUCAGAGUUGAAGCCUCUUGUCUCGUAGGACGUUACGACAUCGCCAGGGCGUUGGAGAAGUGGGGAGGGUUGCAGGAGGUCUCUCGGCUGCUGUCGCUGGAGCUGAGGAACCCCCGCCGACUGCCGGACCCGUCAGCGGAGAGGAGUCGCGGCGCCGCCGCGGCGUCGGAGGAAGCCGAUCGCCAGGAGAAUGCGGGCCGGCCCUUCGUCUCCCAGGACACCCAGAAGUGGCUCAUGAAGCUUAAGGAGCUAGACAUCAACUGGGUGGAAUGA